AUGGCCGCUAGAGCGUCUGUUGGAAGCCGGCCCGGUGCCAGAUUCGCCCAGUUCAAGCUGGUGCUGCUAGGAGAAUCCGCUGUUGGAAAGAGUUCCCUUGUCUUGCGCUUUGUGAAGGAUCAAUUCGACGACUACCGCGAAUCUACUAUCGGGGCCGCAUUCUUGACCCAGACUAUCUCCCUCGACGAAAAUACUACUGUGAAAUUCGAGAUAUGGGAUACUGCUGGCCAGGAAAGAUAUAAGUCCUUGGCUCCAAUGUAUUAUCGGAAUGCCAACUGUGCCGUUGUUGUCUAUGACAUAACUCAGGCUUCAUCUCUCGAUAAAGCAAAGUCAUGGGUAAAGGAGCUACAGCGACAAGCUAACGAAAACAUCAUCAUUGCCUUAGCUGGAAACAAACUAGACCUGGUAACAGACAGUCCCGACAAGAGAGCAGUUCAGACGGUCGAUGCGGAGGCGUACGCGCACGAAGCAGGCUUACUGUUUUUUGAAACAUCUGCCAAAACAUCAACGAACGUCAGGGAGCUAUUUACUGCAAUCGCUAAGAAGCUGCCGCUAGAUCAAGCUGGUCCACGGAAUCUUCGAUCUAAUCCUCGCCCAGGGGUUGACUUGCGGCCUGAAGCUGCUACCGCUCAAGCGGGAGGAUGCAAUUGCUGA